CUAACAGCUGUGGCCGCGAUGGCUAGCAUCACUUUCCCGCUUCGGUAAUUAGAGAGUGGGGCCGGCUUGCCCGCCUCCCCACGCUGGGUAUCUGGGUGUGCCAGGCUUGCCCGCCCACUGGUUGGACGGGUUUGGGAGGGCGGGCAGAGGCGCGGGGUCAGGAGGGGCGGGCAGGGUUAAUUAGAGGGAGCUGGCUGGGAGGAGCUGGGGCAGAGGGGCCGAGCAGAGGCCGUGCAGCUCAGCCUCCAGAGCCCUCGCUGUGUGAGACGAUGGGUCGGGGCUUACACUCGGCCAGACUCAGGCGCCAGAAACGGCGCCUGCGGCAUCAGGCCCAGAAGCCCAGGCAGCAGCCAGAGCGGCUGCAGCAGGAGAACCACGAGCUCCGCCGGGGCCUGGCCGCACGGGGCGCGGAGUGGGAGGCCAGGGCGGUGGAGCUGGAGGGGGACCUGGAGGCCCUGCGGGCCCAGCUGGGCGAGCAGCGCUCAGAGCAGCAGGACAGCGGGCGCGAACGGGCCCAGGCCCUCGGCGAACUCAGCGAGCAGAACCUGCGGCUCAGCCAGCAACUGGCCCAGGCCUCCCAGACUGAGCAGGAGCUUCAGAAGGAGCUGGAUGGCCUCCGGGGGCAGUGCCAGGCCCAGACCCUGGCCAGGGCAGAGCUGAGGUCACGGCUGGAAAGUCUGCAGGGGGAGAACCAGAUGCUGCAGAGCCGCCGGCAGGACCUGGAGGCCCAGAUCCGGGGCCUGCGUGAGGAGGUGGAGAAGGGCCAGGGCAGGCUGCGGGCCGCCCACGAGGAGCUGCUGCUGCUGCGGAGGGAGAGGCGGGAGCACAGCUUGGAGCUGGAAUGCGCGCGCUCCGAGGCCCGGGAGGCGCUGAGUGCCCUGCGGAGGCUGCAGCGGCAAGUUUCGGAGCUGGAGGAGGAGUCUCGCCUGCAGGGCGCUGACACCUCGGGGGCGUCGCUGCAGUCGGAGCUUGCCCACAGCCUGGACAGCGACUGGAACCAGAACGCAGACGGACACAGAGACGCCCCGACCACGCCGUCCCCGGAGACCCAGGAGGCAUCCGGUCAGCAGCCUUCGCCCCAGGAGGAGAGCUCGGAGCCUCCCGUAAAGAGAGCGUCGCUGAGCCCAGGAGAGGUCCUGGAGGAGAAGGAGAUGGAAGUGGCCCGGCUGCAGGAUGAGAUGGAGCUUCAGCGGGUGGAGCUCCAGUCCCUGCGGGAGGAGCUGCAGAGGCAGAAGGAGCUGCGGGAACAGGAGGACCCCGAGGAGGCCCUAAGCUGCGCCCUCUCGGACAGGGAAAAGGCCGUGAACAAGACCCUGGAGCUGUCCCUGGAGCUGAGCCGCGUCUCUCUGGAGCGGGACUCCCUCUCCCGGGAGCUGCUCCGCACCAUCCGCCAGAAGGUGGCGCUCACACAAGAGCUGGAGGCCUGGCAGGACGACAUGCAAGUGGUGAUUGGGCAGCAGCUGCGCUCCCAGCGCCAGAAGGAGCUGAGCGCGGCCAGAUCCGCUCCGAGUCCGCCAGCAUCACGCUUCUCACUGCGCGGGGGCCCUGGGCAGAACGGCGGCUUCUUCAGCAGCCUCUUCCGAAGGACCUGAGGGCCGCCGAGGGGGCCUGCCUGCCAUCGCUGGCUCUCUCCUCUUCUGGCCAAUGGAGCGACAGGGCCCAGACUGUCUUCCAGAGGGGGCUGGUACCCUCCCAGCUCAGGAAAGCUGGGCAGGGGCUCGUUGGGAGCAGGCCCGGGCACUGAGGGUCAGGGGUCCCAGGUCGGUGGUGGGCGCAGGUGGGGCAGAGCUGUCUAUUUUUUGAAUCUCUAUGGGUCUUUUCUAAGCACGAGGGCACUAGGCCCCAGGGCCCUGGCCAGCUCCGGGGAAGGGGUGGGGGAGGUUAUUUAUGUGUCAGAUCAGAUAGUAAUAUAUAAUUCAUUGCACCGA